CGUGUCUGAUAUUCCCACGAAUAUGUAAUCCUUCUUGCACCUAGACCACUAUCAUCUGAUUCUUCUUCCCCCCGCAACGAUGGCAUCCCUAGCAGCAAUGGCGGAGCCGCCUGUUCGUCACGUCGACGGCGCAAUGAUGGACUAUUUCAUGAUAGAGCUCGUCAAUGCCGUCCGGGCAUCUUCAUCAGUCGCGAUGGCUCGCGCAAAGAAAGUCGAACAAGAGAUGGUCGAGUCUGGAUUGAUACCGCCGCCAGCACCAUCAGCACCAGUGUUGCCUCUCAAAGAUAAUCCUAGGGACUCGUUGUCUAGCAUUGCUUCGCGAAACAGUGCCGCCGCCAAAGCAAAUCCAGUGACCGAGGCAGAGGAGGCGGUACGGAUGCGCUUGGAGGCCAUUGGGAUGCACGUCGGUGCCAAUUUUACAGAGAGACUUUGCUUGGAAAGGAUGCUUUUCUCCGAAACGCUCGACGCCGUCAAGUUCAUCUGCAAGGAUAUUUGGACCGCCUGUUGGGACAAGCAAGUUGAUAAUCUGCGGACAAAUCAUAGGGGUGUCUACGUCCUCCAGGAUAAUUCGUUCAAAUCAAUCUCUCGCCUUUCUUCUUGGAAGGGCCGUGAAGAUGCCUUGCAGCAAGCAAAAAUGUAUGUUGCUUUACCAGCUGGUAUCAUCAAGGGCGCCCUCUCAAGGUUGGGAUACAACAGCACCGUCGCUCCAGAAGUUACAUCCCUUCCGCAAUGCACUUUCCAAGUCAAACUUCCAAAGUCGUAAGAUAAAGAAUUGCGCUACACGGCAGAUAUAUUAGGAAGUAUAUGCACUCUCUUGCACGUGUGCUGGGGAUAGUCGUCCAGACUUCUGAGGCUGAAUGCGGGAGGUAU